AUGGCUAACUCGCUCCUCGCUGCAGUCAACCCCUUCGCUCGUCGCGACGAGUACUCGCGCAACACCCUCAACGUCUACAGGGUCACCACGCUUGUCUCGUACCUCGUCCUCGUCGUCACAGCCUUCUACUACACCUUCAACAAACCCCACGAAGGCCACCAUCCGCAUAAGAAGAUCUGGGGCAACAACCGCCCCACCCCAUUCGCCCAAAACAGCAUCAUCACAAGCGUCUACUGGCUCAUCCUCUUCCUCCUCCAAGCCCUCUCCACCCUCUCCCUCUUCACCUCCAACCCCACCCACCGGCACGCCACGGCCUCCAUCGCCCCGCACACGACCCUCUCCAACCUCCUCCUCUUCGCCUUCAUCCACCUCUGGACCCGCUCCCACUUCCUCCUCUCCCUACUCCUCCUCGCCGUCAACUUCGCAAACCUCUCCGCCGCCUACUUCCGCCACUCAACCACCCCGCGCUUCAUCCACUGGGGCUCCGUCUCCGGCCCUUUAGCUUGGAACUUCGUCGCCCUCUAUUGGGUCGGCGCUGUCGCCGUGCACAACACGAACCACCUCGCCGCGCGCAUCGUAGCGAACGUGUUCAUCUGGGGGUUUCUGGGCUAUGGAUUGUUUUUCCUCGUCGCGUUCAAGGAUUAUACCAUGGGGUUUAAUUUGUCGGUGCUGUCGUUUUCGACGGCGGUUGGCCAGCUCUUGACGAAACCGCACCUCUUCCAGCUGCAGUGGAUCUUCGCCUUUACUAUCGGCGCCAUCUUGUUCGUCUUGUCGGUGCUCGUGGCUGCUCCCGGCUUGAUCGGCAGGGAGGACUUGUUUGUGAGGGGCCAGGUCGUCAGUGAGGAUCGGGAGCGGGCGCCGUUGCUGGCAAAUGAGUAG